AUGGCAAGAACCAAGCAGACAGCUCGUAAAUCCACCGGCGGGAAAGCCCCCAGAAAGCAGCUGGCCACUAAAGCGGCCCGUAAAAGCGCCCCGGCCACCGGCGGCGUCAAGAAACCUCAUCGCUACAGGCCCGGUACCGUGGCUCUCCGUGAGAUUCGCCGCUACCAGAAGUCCACUGAGCUGCUCAUCCGCAAGCUGCCCUUUCAGCGUCUUGUGAGGGAGAUUGCACAGGAUUUCAAGACCGACCUGCGCUUCCAAAGCUCUGCCGUUAUGGCUUUGCAGGAGUCCAGUGAGGCCUAUCUGGUCGGCUUGUUCGAAGACACCAAUUUCUGUAAUUGCAUAACGAUGUCUGGCCGAGGAAAAGGUGGUAAAGGUCUGGGGAAAGGAGGCGCUAAGCGUCACCGCAAAGUUCUCCGCGAUAACAUCCAGGGAAUCACCAAGCCUGCCAUCCGCCGUCUCGCUCGUCGCGGUGGCGUCAAGCGCAUCUCUGGUCUCAUCUACGAGGAGACCCGUGGUGUGCUGAAGGUGUUCUUGGAGAACGUCAUCCGUGAUGCCGUCACUUACACCGAGCACGCCAAGAGAAAGACCGUAACUGCCAUGGAUGUGGUUUACGCUCUGAAGAGACAAGGACGUACUCUCUACGGUUUCGGAGGUUAA